GCCUGCUGAUCGACGCGUCAGGAUCCGGUGAUAAGUUCACUUGGAAACAAGUUCGGAUGUGGCAAGCAAACUGCAGACGAAUGCAUAAUUUAGCAGACUGGAUUUCUGGGACAGUGAUGGGAGGCUGUGUGGGGAGGAGCAGGAUGGAUGGACAAGUGAGCGCCCGGAGCUCGACAAGGAGCAAAAAACGUGGAGGACGUAAUGAGCCUCUCAAGAAGGAGCGCCCAAAAUGGAAGAGCGAGUACCCGAUGACAGAGGGCCAGCUCAGGAGCAAGAGGGACGAAUUUUGGGAUACGGCUCCAGCCUUUGAUGGACGGAAAGAGAUCUGGGACGCACUCAGAGCAGCAGCCCUGGCUGCCGAGUGCAAUGACCUGGAGCUAGCACAAGCUAUAGUGGAUGGAGCCUGCAUCACUCUGCCACAUGGCUCUCUCACAGAGAGUUAUGAUGAACUGGGUAACCGCUACCAGCUCCCAGCGUACACUUUAGCCCCGCCUGUCAACCUCAUCUCUGAAACAUCCAGUGAGGUCAAAGUGUCUGAAUCCACACAAAAACAAGCUCAACCUCCUCCCUGCAGACAAGAGUUCCAGCUGCGGGUGCGAUUAUCAACAGGAAAGGACGUGCGUCUGACAGCCAGCAUGGCGGACUCCAUCGCUGAGCUAAAGAAGCAGCUGGAAGAACAGGAAGAAAUUGCUGUGACCCGUCAGAGGUGGUUCUUUUCCGGGAAGCUUCUGACCGACAAGACUCGUCUGCAAGAUGCCAAGAUCCAGAAGGACUACGUUGUCCAAGUGAUUGUCAAUGUGAAUUCCCCAGUUAUAACUAACUGAGGAGGGAGACAGAGGAAAUGAUUCGCAGAAAAGAUCAAUAAUGUGCCAGGAGUAGGGCUUGAAAUCACUUUCCAGUUGGUACUGCAGUGGAAUUUUGUGUACAUUUUUAUAUAAUAAAUUAUUGCUUUUAUAUUGCUCCUUUUUCUAUUUUUCCUUUUUCCAAAUAAAGUAAGAAUACUGAAAAGCACUGAAACACUUUAGAUUCAACUUAGAGCCCUAAGAUGCACAUCCCAGUGUCUGUCUGUUUGUGAAGACAUCAACACUCAGCUCUGUUGUUUACAUGGCUUCCCCUCCUUGUCAUGUCUGUUUGUACUUGUGCUUAUUGAUAAAUUAAAUGCGGUUCACCUGGGAAUCUCAGUGAAGAAAAGCCAUUCUCUCUUUCUCUCUUCCCUUCUUUCUGUCUUUAUUUUGUAAGUUUUCUGUCAUGCAAGUCGAGAAAUAGAAACUGUAAAUAUCAGAUUCAAUAUGUGUUGUUUUUGUCAUGUAACUACGUGCACAUGCUAUGUUUUCAAUGCACAACUGUACAUUCAUGAAAAAGACACGGAAUGUAAAGAAGGCACCUUAAAAAAAGGUAAUAAGAGAUGGAUCAGAUUUGUUUUUUAUUUCAUCACUUCAGACAAGAUACUGUAGUUUUAUGUACGAUAUGAUGCUCACUGUACUUGAAUAACUUAUCAAUAAAUAUUAUAAAUUUAAAGUC